CGUCAGUCAGCGCGCGGCGAGCGCAGGCGAUGGACGAAAGCGAAACGUCCCUCGCACCCCGCCUCAUGAGCGCAAAUACCCCACCUCCACUCAUAUCGUAUUCACUAAAACAAGAAGUAGAUUUUGAUAAACUGGAAGUAGAAGAUGAAAUUAAUCCACUAGAGGAAGAAGAUGAAUGCAUGACAAUAGAUCAAGAAGAUGUUUGUAAUUCGCUUGAGCCAGAAAAAGAUUUUAUACUCACGUUUGAAACGCUUCCAGUGUUGUGGGAUACGAAAAAUCCUCACUAUACAAAUAAAUACAGAAGGAACAAGGCUUUGGCAAAGUUGGUGCCAAUAUUAAAGAAAACUAAACCUAUCGCAACUAUACAGGAUGUUAAAAAGAAGAUCAACAGUAUUAGAUCUAAUUACCGAAGAGAGCUAAGGAAAAUAAUCGCAUCUCAACGACCAGGAGCUAAAGAAAGCGACGUGUAUAAACCAAAAAUAUGGUAUUUUCCAUAUCUUAAUUUUUUGAGGAAAUUGGAACAACGGCAAACUUCGGCUCAGCAGACUGAAGAUUUACUAGACGAAGAAAACAGUCCACGAUUGCAUGAAAUCUCUCAAGUCGGAACAACCUUUUCAUCAGUCACUAUUCCAGAAACACCAUUGUCUUCUAGGGUAAAAAAGAGGACAAGCCGAGGACAAUUGAUAGAUGUUCCUAAUCCAAGUUUACCUAAGCUAUGUAACGAUUCUUGCCAACCGAAAAAAAUAUCCAAUCAUAUAGUAUUGGAAUGGGCUGAUAUAUUGGAAAAACUUGAUCCUUUGCAACGUCUUUAUGCAAAAAAGGCUAUCAACGAUGUACUGUUUGAAGCUGAGCUUGGAAAUUUACAUAAGCAUUCAGUCAAAAUUAAUGAGCCAACUCCAAAUUUUACACUGUCAUCGUCAGCACAUUCAUCUUCAGUGAAAUCUCCUACAUCUCCAAUUUCGCCUUGACUUUCUGAUUUCUGAUCUAAUUGUUAAAUAAUUCUAAAUCUAGAUGGUGACUAUAAGGCUGAUCUACUUAAUAUAAAUGUUUUUAAUAUUAAUGUGACAUAUUCAA